UACUUCUGCAACUGUUCAUUGCCUCUCAUAGCAACAAGACUCAAGUGACAAGUUGGGGCUUGUCUGAGAGAGGCCAAUGAUGUGAACUUCCUCAGUGUGCAGAGCAGCAGGUUGACACCAUGCUGCUCCACUCCUCUGCUACCAGCCGGACAUGAGGGACGUGCAGGGGGAUCCUUAGACCAGAGGAGCCCAAAUCUGGCUCACUAAACGUUCCCAAUUCUGGUGCCCAUUCCUGCUCUGAUUCUCCUGUGUGAGUGUGCAGGUCACCAUGGCAACCGGGCCUCAGGCUAACCAGAGAUGGCCAAGGAUUGGCCCCAGUGAAGGCCUGAUGGCUAUGUUCAGGGCCUGCUCCAGAGAUCCAACUGAGGAGAUUAAAACAAGACUGAGAUGUAUGCUGGACACAUUUCUGCAACACCACAGGGACAAUGCAGGAAAUGAGAACACCAAUGAACUGGCAGUGAAGUGCUGCUAUCAAGCUGGGAUCUGGUAUUACAGGAUCCUGGAGAACAUUGCCAGUCAAGAGAGGGACAGGAAGGGCAUCAGUGACAUCUCGGGCAUCUUGGGGAAUGAGCUUUUCCAGUCCUGUCUGGUGGCCUGUUGUCUGGAGAUUACCAUAUCCUCAAACCGUCUACCAUGUGACUUUCCUCUGCUCCUUCAGAUCUUAAAAUUGGCACCAUACCACUUUCUGAAGGUGAUUGAGCCGGUGUUGCGGGCUGAAGCGGGCCUGCCUCAUCAUGUUUUCAGACACCUCGCCCAAGUGGAAGAGAAAAUUCUGGAGAGCUUGGCCUGGACCAGCGACUCACCGCUGUGGGAGGACAUCAGAGCCAAUGAGGGCCAUCUGUCUGCCUGCCAACAGGUGAUGCUUCCUACACAGCUCGAAGAUCCAAAGAGAGCAGACUCUCAACCUGAGAGCAAUCAGCCAGGAGUGAAUCUCAGUUUUGGAGCUGAACCGUCUACCAGCACUGACCAGCAGCGUUCCCCAUCAGCUGUAAACAGGCCUCAGAGAAGCAACUCCCUCCAUGUGUUCGCUCGCCAGGUCUACAGUUUGAUGGGGAAGCGUCUGAGGGAGCUGAGUUCCACACUGGAUAUUUCAGAUGAGCUGCGUCUGAAAAUCUGGACCUGCUUUGAGUACUCUCUGGUCCACUGCACCAACCUCAUGGUAGACCGUCACCUGGACCAACUGCUCAUGUGUGCCAUCUACAUCAUAGCUAAGAUUACCAAGGUGGAGAUACCCUUCAAACGCAUAAUGAAGUGCUACAAGUCUCAGCCGCUGUCCAACAAAAGUGUCUGCAAAAGCGUGCUGAUUUCUGGAAGAGACACCGAAAAUUCUCGAACUGGAAACAACAAUUAUGGAGACCACAGCAUCAAUAUCCUGACUCCCAACACACCAUCAACACAUUACCCGGAACCUUCUCAGGAGGAGAGGGGCAAUCUUAUUCUGUUUUACAACCAGAUCUACACGACAAAGAUGCAGCACUUUGCUAAGCAGUUUGCUCCAACCUCUGUGAGAGACACCCCUCCUUUGUCUCCAUACCCCCGACAGUACAAAGUGUCUCCUCGCAGACGGCGGCUGUCCAGCAGCCACCCCAUCUUCAUUUCACCGUACAAUACAGAAACCACUUCCCCCCCUACUACUGGACUCUGCUACUACUUCAACACAAGCCCCCCAGAGCGUCUGCGUGAGAUCAAUAACAUGAUCAGGACUGGGAGGUCACCCAACAGGCGACACUAUGUUGUACCAUUGGACAGAGAAGAGGAUGAGCAGGGAGACGGGGAGGAAGAGGAUAAUGGUCCUCCAGCGAGGAGGAUUCGUUUGGAUGGUCAGUCUGCCUGGCAGAGACGACUCAGGAAUGUAGUCAAUGAUCGCGUGACAAGAAGGGACCAGGACCAGGACCAACCAUCUCCAGUCAUAAGGCCUAACCUGCACUAAAGCAGAGAGGAGCAUGACGUCUCACUUUGCUCCUGUUUCAGAGGCUGCAACAAUGUCAGGUGUUGGAGAUAAAGCACAGAGCAGCGUUUUCCUCCUUUUCCAUCCUUUUAUUGUUAAGAAAAACUUUGGGCCAAAUUCUUUGUCAGCUCAAAGUCUUGUCUCCUGUCUGAGAUAAAAUUAUGGUUAAAAAAAAAAAAGUAGAAAUAAAUUUGAAGUGCAGAAGUUACAGCAGCAUCAAACUAUAUUCAAUGGUACUUGAGGUAUACAGACAGGUUUUAAAAACUAACCAAAAAAGUUUUUACAUCACAUUAUUACCAGGGUUUUUCCCGGGUUUUUAGGACUUUGGUGUCACAUUUUUAUAUGAUUUUGAACCAUUGACAAUAAGCUCACAUAUAUGAAAAAAGUUAACUCUGAAAAUGGAAGUGA